AUGGAGGUGAAAGGAGUGAAGCUUAAGGUCCUUGGGAGGGGAGCAUAUGGUGUGGAAUGGGAAAUAUUUAAAAAGUUUAUAGGUUGCCCAAAUAUUGUUCAAUGUUUUGGUGGUUUCACGAGUUUUGAACGAGAUGGAGGGUAUUUUUAUAACUUAUUUCUUGAAUAUGCAUCUGGCGGUAGUCUCUUGGAUUUGAUGAACAAGUAUGGGGGCAAAAUACCCGAAUGUGAUGUGAAGGAUUAUGCAAGAAUGAUUCUUGAAGGGCUUGUUGACAUUCACAACAGAGGAUACAUCCAUUCUGAUCUUAAACCAGAAAAUAUUUUGGUUUUUCCAUCUCAGACCGGUUCCGAUUUGAAUACUUUAAAGAUUGCGGAUUUCGGGUUAGCUAGACAAUGUGGGGAAAAAGAUAUUCCACAACUUUGGGAAUAUGGCUUUCGAGCACAGCAGAUUAUAUGUCACCUGAAUCUGUGA